CUUCCUUUUUAUUCUUGCCCUGAGCCCGGCUAUCCUGAGCUAACUUAUCCUGCGCGGCUUGGUUGUCCUUCCCCUGUUGUUGCUACCCCCCUCUUCUCAAAUCCCUUAUUCUCAGUCGCUGCAUUCGAUCAUUCUCUUCUGCAUCCCGACUGCUCUACCAAAGCUGGGCCGAACAUGCAAUGUCUUCAUUUAAGGAAGCCACAGGGUCCUGAGUUUGGAAAUGAUGUAUCAUUAAGGGAUACAUAUGGCGCUAGUGAGCCAUUGGAGUCAAUGGAAUCGAUCAAUACUGUCGAGAAAGGCAUGAUACUCACCGAUUAUCGAAGGCACGUCGUUAUGCUUCUUUAG